CGUGCCACCGCCGCGUCUCGCGAUCCAGCCAGCCCGAAUCCCAGAGCGGAAUGUCCCUCCCAUCUGCCACUGUCUAUCGCAGCAUAUGCACCGCCCACGCUGGAGCCUCCCGAUGUCCACUUCGUCAAAUGCUCGUCAAGUCCCCCUCCUUGAUCCCAACCCCCAGGCCCUUCCUCCGAGGCAGCGUCAGAACCUUCAUCUACAUGCCGGAAUCUGACCCGAUCAAGAAGACGUUCUUGUCUUCGCCCAAGUACGCCGUCGUGGGCGCGUCAAAGGACGAGGGGAAGUUCGGUACGAAGGUGCUCCGGUGGUAUCUUGCGCGAGACAAGGAAGUCACGCCCGUUCACCCCAAAGAGGAUGAGCUCGCGGGCGUGACCGCGAUCCGCACUUUGGCCGAUCUCCCAGACCCAACCCACACCUCCGUCAGCAUCAUCACAAACCCAAAGAUCACUCUCGGUCUCUUGGAGCAGGCCAAGACUCUUAACAUCCCGCCGUCGUCUCGUAUAUUAAGGAAACGGUCUGGAGACAAGGCUAUAUAUGGUGGUCCAUGUGUCCUGGUGGAGGGUGAUACGAUCCUCAAGAGCCUGCUCUGAGCAGAGUUGUUGACAGUGACGUAUCGUGUGCGUGUUCGAUUACGGAAGUUUUGAAUGAUAAACGUGUACUAUACGACCGAAUGUGGUUCGACAGCUCUGAAUUACACGAA